UGACAUCACUUUCUUCAACCAUCCACUUCCCUUUCAGAUCAGUUUUUCACUUCUGUUUUGUCUUCAAAGCUAAAUAUCCUGUCUUUCUCAAUCCACUGCUCUCUUUUUCUUUCCUUUUCUCCACUUGGGCUCAGAUCAUUUUUGACUUGGCUUUCUAGUUAAUGAAUCUUCAAAGGGCCUAAAUUUUGUAGAUUAGGUUUCCUCUGACUUGUUUUUAUUUAUAUACCUGCUCUAGGGUGCUAAUGGUGAGCUCGUUUGAACUUGGUUGUUUGCUGAUUCUUGGGAAAUCCAGAUAGACCAUGUUGAGAAAUGAGAUGUAGUUUUAAGACAUGGGGUGUGUUCUUGGGAGAGAGGUAUCUUCGGGCAUAGUUUCAGAGUCUAAAGAGGUUAAGAACUCAAGAUUUGAAUCCAAUAGGAAAGUAGAAGAUGUUUCAGUGACAAAGACCGAUACUACUAGCAGUGUUGUUGAGAUUCGAAAUGAGGAAACUCAGGAGGAGAAAGUUGAUGGGGAUAAAAAACCUAGGGGAGAGAGGAGGAGGUCAAGGCCAAACUAUAAGCCGAGUAACGUGCCUGGACAAUCGCGUGGUGAGCAGGUUGCAGCUGGCUGGCCACCCUGGCUGUCGGCAGUCUGUGGAGAGGCACUAAAUGGAUGGAUUCCACGGAGGGCAGACACAUUUGAGAAGAUUGACAAGAUUGGAUCAGGUACAUACAGUAAUGUGUACAAAGCUAGAGAUCUGUUGACAGGGAAAGUUGUUGCCCUUAAAAAGGUUCGUUUUGAUAAUUUGGAACCAGAGAGUGUGAAGUUUAUGGCUAGAGAGAUCCUCAUUUUGCGAAGAUUGGAUCAUCCUAAUGUUGUAAAGUUGGAAGGGUUAGUUACUUCCAGGAUGUCAUGUAGUUUGUACCUGGUAUUUGAGUACAUGGAGCACGAUUUAGCUGGACUUGCUGCCAGCCCUGCAGUAAAAUUUACAGAGGCUCAGGUUAAAUGUUACAUGCACCAACUAUUAUCUGGACUUGAGCAUUGUCACAAACGCGGUGUGCUUCAUCGUGACAUUAAAGGAUCGAAUCUUUUGAUUGACAAUGAAGGAAUACUAAGGAUUGCUGAUUUUGGAUUGGCGUCUUUCUUUGAUCCUAAUCACAAGCAUCCAAUGACAAGCCGGGUUGUUACUCUGUGGUAUCGGCCUCCUGAGCUUCUUCUUGGAGCUACUGACUAUGGUGUUAGCAUUGACCUGUGGAGUGCAGGCUGUAUAUUGGCUGAGUUACUGGCCGGGAAGCCCAUUAUGCCUGGUCGUACAGAGGUAGAGCAACUACAUAAGAUAUAUAAGCUAUGUGGUUCGCCAUCAGAUGAAUACUGGAAAAAAUCAAGGUUGCCAAAUGCAACUUUGUUUAAGCCUCGAGAGCCUUACAAAAGAUGCAUAAGAGAGACAUUUAAAGAUUUUCCACCAUCAUCACUUCCCCUCAUCGAAACUCUUCUUGCAAUUGAUCCAGUGGAACGUCAGACAGCCACAGCUGCCCUAAAGAGUGAAUUCUUCACAACAGAACCUUAUGCUUGUGAACCUUCUAGUCUCCCAAAAUAUCCCCCAAGUAAGGAGAUGGAUGCUAAACGACGAGAUGAUGAAGCUCGAAGACUAAGAGCUGCCAGCAAAGCCCAAGGUGAUGCUGCAAAGAAAACGCGUACACGUGAACGUCAUGCUAGGGCAAUGCCAGCUCCCGAUGCCAAUGCAGAGCUCCAGUCCAAUAUUGAUAGAAGGCGCCUAAUUAACCAUGCAAAUGCAAAAAGCAAGAGUGAAAAGUUUCCCCCACCACAUCAGGAUGGAGCUCUUGGCUAUACUUUAGGAUCUUCUCACCACAUUGAUCCUGCGCUUGUUCCUCCUGAUGUGCCAUUUAGUACUACCUCAUUCACGUACUCAAAGGACCCAAUACAAACUUGGUCUGGCCCGUUGGUUGACCCUGCUGGUGUCGGUGCUCCAAGGCGAAAGAAGAAGAAUACUGGUGAUGCACUAGGAUCGUCAAAUCUGCCAACUGGAAAAGAUAAGAGCAGAGAUACUCGGUUAAAAGGAAAAAAGAGCAUGGCUUAAAACCUUGUUGCAUGCAUGGGAUGCCAGAUUUGUUGACUGGUGAUUUCCCAUACAAGAGUCACACUGCAAUCUGUGUACUAAAACAACUAGAUUCUUCACACACACAAGAACAUAUUUACUUGGUUAAAAAUGUUUCGAGAGCUGAAAUCAGAUUUUCUGUUCUCUUUUUCCCAUUUUAGAUUUCUUCAUUCCAUAGAAGAAAUGUUUCUGCUCUCCUUGGGGAUGGUGAGAAACUUCCAUCGAUGUGUACAUGUUUAUUAUUCUUCCUUUCCUUCAGAAUUUUCUUGUUGAAAACUAAGUUAUGUUCAGAUUAGUAAAAGAUGCCAAUAAUUCUUCAA